AUGCCAGAACAAGCAGCUAUCUUAUAUAGUCGAUUUAUGGAUAGCAAUUUCGUUAAACGAUUGACACAAUUAAUGAUAUUGGACGAUGAAGAUGACAAUGACGAAACAACGUUAGAUAAAACUCGUUUUGCGAUGUUCAAGGAAAACAAAGAUCCACGUCGCAUGUAUCGACCAAUUCAAUUUCUUCGUGCAUUGAUCAAUAAUCAAACGUCGGUCAAUACUUUAAAUGAAGCAUCACGUUGGUAUCUCAUUCAACAGUUGGACAUUUUUGAAUGGCGCAUUCCAUCCAUCUGGUAUUCUAUUAAUGAACAUGUCAAGAAAAAAUUGGAUCAUCCAUUCAAAGUUGUACGAGAUCGUAUGGUCAUAAUUCUAUCGCUGUCGCUCCGUUUCGACUUGACAUUGUUUCAUGGAAAACCGACACGUCAACCCAGUAUCGAUCAAUCCAUCGACGAAAUUCGUGAACGAUUGCAUCAGACUAUCGAAACAUAUGAGAAAACAUCACUAGUUAAUAUGUCUGAUCAACUCAUUGAAAUCAAUUCUGAAGUUCGUCAAAUGUUAAAUUUCAUUGAAACAGGUAGAGAUGUUGAAUUUGUUGCUAAUCAAUAUGACUAG